GGACGGGAGGGCGUGUUCCGUCGUCGCGCGCAGUUCGGUCCUCGCGUGCGAGCAGGUGAAAGCCCGUCACGGGAAGCCAAGUGGAUCAGGGAGGUGGAGGGGAGAGAUCAAUAGGGCGACGCGCGCGGCUCUGCGUGAAGUCGCGGUCCCGCCAUGUUGCCGGACUGGAGGCUGCUGCUGCUGCCGCCGCUGCUGCUGCUGUCUGCCGCGGCGACAUCUGGCGAGGACGCAGAACACUACCCAGGCAUCGGACCCUGCAACUCCAUGUACCACCGGCCCUGCGUCGCCCCCAACAUUCGCUUCUUCCUGUACACCAGAUCCAGCCCAGAAGAAGGCGAGGAGGUAGCGGUGGACCCUGAAGGCAACUUGAAGGGCAACUCCUCCUUGGAUCCGCGCCACCCCACCAAGAUCGUCAUACACGGCUACAACUCCAACAAGGACCUGUCGUACCUCGUGGACAUCAGGAAGGGCUACCUGGAGAGCGCGCCGCACAACAUGCUGGCGGCGGACUGGUCGGCCUUCAGCAACGGGCCGUGGUACUGCUACCCGGCGGCGGCGGAGAACGCCGGCCAGGCGGCGCGCUGCGUGGCGCAGCUGGUGCUGGCCCUGGCGCGCUCCGGAGCCGGCGACACGCACCUGGUCGGCUUCAGCGUGGGCGCUCAUGUGGCCGGCAUGACUGCCAACCACCUGGGCGACCUGCGGCUGGAGCGCAUCACCGGCCUGGACCCGGCGAUGCCCUUGUUCGCGACGCGCGGCCCCGAGGAGCGCCUGGACUCCGGAGACGCGCUCUUCGUGGACGUGGUGCACACCAACGCGCUCGUGCAGGGCAUGGUGCAGCAAUGCGGCCAUGUCGACUUCUACGUGAACGGCGGCCUGCUGCAGCCGGGCUGUGGCUCCGUGCUCAACUCGAUGGCCUGCAGCCACCACCGGGCACCCGCCUACUUCGCGGAGUCCAUCACCAGCGACGAGGGCUUCUGGGGCUGGCGCUGCCCCGGCCUGCUCCACUACGCCCUGGGGCUGUGCGCGCCCAAGCUACCGGCCGCCGUCGUGGGAGCCAACGCCACGACGGCCAGGCGGGGGUUCCACGUGGUGAGGACAGCCUCGCAGGCGCCCUACGCCCUGGGCGAGUGGUGGACCUCCUAGCGAGCGGCGAGGUCCUGCGGCUCCCAGGCUGUCGUCCUCCGAGUCCUGCUGCCGGCCUGGGUGGUCCUCGCCCGCCGCCUGGCACGAUGACAGCCUCGCAGGCGCCCUACGCCCUGGGCGAGUGGUGGACCUCCUAGCGAGCGGCGAGGUCCUGCGGCUCCCAGGCUGUCCUCCUCCGAGUCCUGCUGCCGGCCUGGGUGGUCCUCGCCCGCCGCCUGGCACGAUGACAGCCUCGCAGGCGCCCUACGCCCUGGGCGAGUGGUGGACCUCCUAGCGAGCGGCGAGGUCCUGCGGCUCCCAGGCUGUCGUCCUCCGAGUCCUGCUGCCGGCCUGGGUGGUCCUCGCCCGCCGCCUGGCGCGAUGACAGCCUCGCAGGCGCCCUACGCCCUGGGCGAGUGGUGGACCUCCUAGCGAGCGGCGAGGUCUUGCGGCUCCCAGGCUGUCGUCCUCCGAGUCCUGCUGCCGGCCUGGGUGGUCCUCGCCCGCCGCCUGGCGCGAUGACAGCCUCGCAGGCGCCCUACGCCCUGGGCGAGUGGUGGACCUCCUAGCGAGCGGCGAGGUCCUGCGGCUCCCAGGCUGUCCUCCUCCGAGUCCAGCUGCCGGCCUGGGUGGUCCUCGCCCGCCGCCUGGCGCGAUGACAGCCUCGCAGGCGCCCUACGCCCUGGGCGAGUGGUGGACCUCCUAGCGAGCGGCGAGGUCCUGCGGCUCCCAGGCUGUCCUCCUCCGAGUCCAGCUGCCGGCCUGGGUGGUCCUCGCCCGCCGCCUGGCGCGAUGACAGCCUCGCAGGCGCCCUACGCCCUGGGCGAGUGGUGGACCUCCUAGCGAGCGGCGAGGUCCUGCGGCUCCCAUGCUGUCGUCCUGCUGCCGGCCUGGGUGGUCCUCGCCCGCCGCCUGGCGCGAUGACAGCCUCGCAGGCGCCCUACGCCCUGGGCGAGUGGUGGACCUCCUAGCGAGCGGCGAGGUCCUGCGGCUCCCAGGCUGUCCUCCUCCGAGUCCUGCUGCCGGCCUGGCCAACCCUCCGGCGCGAUGACAGCCUCGCAGGCGCCCUACGCCCUGGGCGAGUGGUGGACCUCCUAGCGAGCGGCGAGGUCCUGCGGCUCCCAGGCUGUCGUCCUCCGAGUCCUGCUGCCGGCCUGGCCAACCCUCCGGCGCGAUGAAAGCCUCGGUUUCUUGUCAACUGUCACUGUUAAAAAAUGUUCAACCUUAGAUUUAAGAGGAACGCUGGAUACAAAUUAUCCAAUGAUUAGGGACCGGAAAAAUUCGCGGGUUCAGCGACUUGCAGGAUGAACGUUACAGUUCUACGUACACUCGGUCAAAUGUCACCCUCUCAUUGGCUGCUGUCUUGUGGACGUAGCGGCCUGUGAUCCGAUACAGCUUCGGUUGAGUGUUUCUCAUUAGCCCAGAGUCGUCCAGGUGAGUUGUGAGCCAAUAACAGAGGCAGCACUGAGGUUUAACUAUUUGAAUUUCAGGCUGUCGUGAAUUUAAUCCGAGAAUUUUUGCGUUCUCUACCGAUGAUCUUCGUUAAUUUACGGUUCGUCCUCGAAAAUUUACUGUACUGAAAUAACGCAUUUUUCAACAUGAAUCAACAAUGAUAAUCUUACUCCCCCGCCUAUAUUUACCCUGUUUACAACGAAACACUCGACUAUGGCGUAGUUCCCACGAAGAUUCAGUUAUAUGAUAUCACGAAUAACGCUUCGUUAAUAUAUAUAUUUAAUAUACUGUAAUAUCUAACAGUGUAGACAGCUGAAGGAUUACCGUUAUUUUGUGGCACUGGCCUAUGUUCCACACAACUAUGUAUCAAAUCAACAAAUGACUGUUUUUUUUCCCCCAUUCGUUGUCUAUUGCGGGGCCACGUAUUUCUAGCGGAAAAAAAUUUUUCAGGCCGGCUGUGUGUUAAAAUUUUAAAGCAUUGUCUGUGUUACGUGGAAGGCUGAGAUUAUUUAUGGUACAAACACUCAUUAGGGGCAAUGAUGUUUCGCCUGUGUCUAGUGAUUGGUUGAGUUUCUUUCAGGUGCGUGCCCACUGUAAUUCUGUGCGGAAGCAAACGCUGUUUAAAUUGCUUGGCCAAAUAAGGCAAUGGCUUCAAUCACAUGCAGUCCAGCUGGAAGGUAGAUUGUGACAGUAAUCAUUGGGCAAUAGACACACACUUAUUUGUAUACAACAGUGUGGAGUUCAUCCUAUAACCAUAACAUUUCAGGCGUCUACUUAUGAAUCAUACUUUGUGUUCGGCUCGAAUGUUAUACGUUAUGGAUGAAACAGUUGCCGCUUCUGACUUUGUCAUAAGUGCAUCGAGAACAAUUUUCCCUCGUGUUUACUAAAAUGAACUUCUAUCUAGUUAAUCACGCAAUUAUUACCUAUGUUCCAGUGUUGUUGCAUUAAUAUUUGGUUCAAUUUUACUGACUUAUAUUAAUGAGUUGAUAAGAAUCACAUUCUUUCGGCGCCAUUGACUGAAGUUGCUUGGCUUGUUUUUUUCUAACCUCGUUGAAAGAGAAGACUUCACCUACGUUUCGGUCGAAAUUGCAGUCACCAUCUUCAGGGUGGCAGUUGCCCACUGACUGUACCCUGAAAAUUGGAGUCUACAUUUUCUGCAAAAAAAAAAAAACCCUUCGGUGAAAUCUUCUACUUCAACGCGGCUAUAACCCACAAACCACUCAACUCUACAUAAAAAAGCUUUAUUUUCUUCGGGCACAUUUUACUUCUCAAAUAAAGAGAUAAAUUAUUAAAGUACAUAGAGAUGUAAGUUUAAAUAAUCCACUAAUUUUUUAUUAAUGUUAAACUAUUUAUUUGUGAAAUCUAUGAUACACAAAUAUUGCAUAAAAUUAUUGUUUCUUUGUAUAAUAAGAUGAUACAUUUCUAUUAACAAGUUUUAAAAGCAGUGAAGUUGGUAGGUCUGAACGUUAAAUACUGUACUGGGCCAUUCUUAUACAAGAGGAAACGCACUCAGAUGAUGUACUUAAAACCCCAACUGUGCUUAUUUUUCAAUAAGUAUUGCAAGUAUUUUGACAGAACUAAAUAAAAAUCAGAAUUGUUUUGUUUUAUUAAUGUAAAUAUUGUAAUUAUAUACAGGUUUGUACAUAAUAAAAGUUAUUGAAAAUUUCUGAGUAUUUUGUGCAAUGAAAUAUGUAUCAUGACUUGCUUUUAUUGCGAAAUAUUAAAACUUAAGAAUAAAUACAUUUUUU